AUGAUUUUCAUUAGAAAUAAAGCUACCGUUAUUAUCCAAAACAUAAGUGAUGAUGAGAAUUACUGCAAACCGGUUUGUGACUUCAAGUGCAUCGAAGGGAAAUGCACUGCGCCAAAUGUAUGUACCUGCAAUGAUGGUUAUCUUCCAUCGUGGACCGAGCCUCAAAAUAAUUCAGACGAUCGCAUUUGUACCGAAUUUCGUCCUUGUAAUGCGCUGUCAUGUAAGGUUAACGAGAGGUGCGACAUAUCUGGCAGUUGUGUCUGCAAUCACGGUUACGUGAAGAACGCAUUUGGUGAAGGUUGUGUAUCUUCAUGUACUCCACCAUGCAUCAAUAGCAACUGUACAGAGCCGAAUUAUUGCACAUGCAACGCUGGGUUCACACCACGAAAUGAAAGCUUUUGCGAACCAAUUUGCAAGAGAGGUUGCCAGAACGGCGACUGCAUCAGUCCGGACCAUUGCAUUUGUCACAAAGAUUUCGUACAAAACGUCUACAAUGAUUCGGGACCACACUGCAUUUCCCCAUGUACUCGCAACUGCAGUAGACACAGCGAAUGCGUUAUCGACCACAACCUCGAUUACAAAUGCGAGUGUCAUUUUGGAUGGACAGGAGAGGAUUGCGAUCAACCGUCCAUGUGCGUCACAACGAUGGCCUUUGAUUACCACGAUAUCAACAGAAUUACGAUCCGUGAUACAAAUAGCACAAUUAUGCAAAUCCUGAAAAGCGCGCCAAAUUGUUAUCAGUGUGAUAAUUCUCUUAACAAAGAUACUUUGUGUUACAUAAUACAUUCUGAUAAAGACAAUACGAUUUUUGUCGGGUGCUUACUUAGUACAGAAUUGCCUUGUUAUAUAACGCAUUAUAAAGGCCCAACUAUCUCUACUAAAAAAGUUUGGUUUUUCGUGACUAUUGCUAUAUUGAUUAUAGGUCUAACAGUGGCAGCAUUUGUAAUGUAUCACAAACGUCAGAAGAUAAAAUUGAUAGACUUGCCACCAGCAAAGUCCGCCGAUGAUAAGACAGCGAAGCUUCAUUUCGCGAUAAGAUCUAACUCUAAUCGAAGUGAACCGCCGCAAAGAUAUGCUGAUAUCUCUCGUUGUCUAUAUUUUUCCCUCUCCCCAAAUGCGAAUCGAUUAUGGCGUGACUUGCCAUAACUUAAUACUCAGCAAACCGACACACUCACUCGCGGCGCCGGGUGAUUUCACGAGGAGAUUUCUCGAUUACGCUCGUCGUCUUCUUGAAAGACGCAACAAGAGAUUUCAACGGAAAAGAGAAAAAAAAGCAUUUUGUGCGUAUUAUAUAUACGAGUAAUUUAAUAAACCUUCAUUAUUUUCAUAAUGAGAUAGUGAAGUAGGGUACCUUGUACUAAACAUGUUUCAUAAUUAUAUUCAUAAUGAUAAUUCAUAAUUAUUUUCAUAAUGAUAAUUAGUAUCGUAAUUUUUCGCUCAGAGAAGGAUUUUUUAUUAAUUUAUUUUAUAUAUA